UGUUAACAGCUUUAACAUCUCUUGAAAGGGGGACGACAUUUGGCCAAAUUAAAUUGCAAUGCUACAGUCUUUUUAAGAUUCAAAUCGAAAAACUUUUUUCUUAAUAUACCCAUUUUUGAGUCUUGAAUUCUGUCAUCUUUUAACAAAAAAAAAUUAGGUCACGUGAUCCAAUUUUGUAAUUGAUUUCACAGUUACAAUCAUUUCUAGGGUUUUAUUUUAUGCAAUGGACAAUCUCGUAGACUCUCUAAACAACGCGUAUCAAGAAUUUGUAGCAGCAGCAGCUACAGUUCUCGAAGUCAAAGAAAUUUCCGGCGCCGAGGAAACCCCAGCAACAGACGCCGCAUUAGAAAAUUUUAAGCAGCGGUGGGAAUUAUUUAGGGUAGCCUGUGAUCAAGCGGAGGAGUUUGUGGAGUCUGUCAAGCAAAGAAUUGGGUCGGAGUGUCUGGUCGAUGAGGCUACGGGUUCUAUGACGGGGAAGGCGACGACGGGUCUUCCUCCUAUUAGUGCUGUUCGGUUGGAGCAGAUGAGUAAGGCUGUUCGGUGGCUUGUGAUUGAGUUGCAACAUGGCUCUGGAGCUGCUAGUGGUGGUUCUGGGCAUGCUCAUAUUUCUGCUCCUUUUGAUGCUCGGUUUUCGGAGGAUGCGGCUCAGUAGGGAAAGAAGAAGGAUCAAGAUUCAAUGGAGGAAAUUUUGUGGCGGCAACUCUUCUAUGAGCAAACUAUCGUGAGUUUCGAUACCCAUUACCGGAGGUUCUAUCCUUUAAUUGCUUCCACUCGGAUGGGGAUGCAAUAACGGCGUCGGUGUGGAAGACGGUUAGAGAAUGUGGUGGACUAGGGACUGUGAUGGAGAAAUGGCUGACCUAUACUGUUCUAUUCUUAACUUGCUGCCAGUUUGAUUUUGUUUUCUUAUCUCCUGGAUCCAAGGAAUUUAAAUUCUUGCCUUGUUGAGAAUUUGUGUUCUUUAUCUAGCUGGUCUUUCCAUUUUUUUUUAUAAUGUAAAUUACAGCAAUUCUUUUUAGAUUUUCUUUUUCUAAUCGUAAAUCAUUUACUGAAAAAAUA